AUGGCCAGGAAAUUCAGCGGUUUAGAAAUCUCUCUGAUCGUUCUUUUUACAAUCGUAUCUAUAAUUGCUGUGGCCCUCGUUGCGACAUUAGCAACGAAAACACCAGCAGUCAGAGAAAUUGUUUCAGGAAGUGUACCUACUCCAGGAAACUGCCCAAGUGAUGUGACUGCCAAUGUAGACGGGAGAAUAAACUGCAUACCAGAUCAAUUUGCAACAGAGGAAAUAUGUGCUCAGCGUGGCUGCUGUUGGAGUCCAUGGAAUAGUACUACCUACCCUUGGUGCUUCUAUGCGGACAAUCAUGGCUACAGAGUUAACAGUAGAGAAAAAACUAGUGCUGGAAUGGAAGUUAAAUUAAGCAGGAUAUCUUCACCUACUAUAUUUGGAAAUGACAUUGACAAUGUCUUGCUCACCACGCAAAGUCAGACAGCCAGUCGAUUUCGGUUCAAGAUUACUGAUGCAAGCAAGAAACGAUAUGAAGUUCCUCACCAGUACGUACAAGAAUUUACUGGAUCAGAAGCUUCUGAUGCAAAAUAUAACAUAGAAGUGUCUGAUAGUCCAUUUUCCAUUAAAGUGAUUCGGAAAAGCAACAACCGAGUUUUGUUUGACACAAGCGUUGGACCUCUGGUCUACUCAGAUCAGUACUUACAAAUCUCCACCAAACUGCCGAGUAACUAUUUCUAUGGUAUUGGGGAGCACAUACACAAACGGUUCCGUCAUGAUACAUACUGGAAAAACUGGCCCAUCUUUACUCGGGAUGAACUGCCUGGUGACAACAACCAUAACUUAUAUGGCCAUCAUACAUUCUUCACAUGCAUUGAAGAUAAUACGGGACUGUCUUUUGGAGUUUUCCUAAUGAACAGCAAUGCAAUGGAAAUGUUUAUCCAGCCAACUCCUAUAAUAACGUAUAGGGUAACAGGUGGAAUUCUGGACUUUUACAUUUUUGUAGGAGAUAAUCCAGAGCAAGUCGUCCAACAAUAUAUUGAGUUUAUUGGAAGGCCAGCAAUGCCUGCAUACUGGGGUCUUGGAUUCCAACUGAGUCGCUGGAAUUAUGUUACUCUUGAUGAGGUGAAAAGUGUGGUAGAACGAAAUCGGGCAGCUGGCAUUCCUUUUGAUGUUCAAGUCACUGAUAUAGACUAUAUGGAAGAAAAGAAAGACUUUACUUAUGAUUUGGAUAAAUUUGCAGGACUCCCUGAAUUUGUUCAAGAUUUACACAACCAUGGACAGAAAUAUGUCAUCAUUCUGGAUCCUGCCAUUUCUACAGGAACACGACUUAAUGGAGCUGCUUAUGAGUCAUUUAUUAGGGGAUCACAACAAGAUGUGUGGAUCAAGAAGGCAGAUGGACAAACACCACUUGUUGGAGAGGUCUGGCCUGGCUUAACUGUGUUUCCAGACUUCACCAGUCCUGCAUGUACAGAGUGGUGGGCAAAUGAGUGUAAAAUCUUUCAUGACACAGUGCCCUAUGAUGGAUUAUGGAUUGAUAUGAAUGAAGUGUCUAGUUUUCUUCAAGGGUCAAGGGAGGGAUGUACACCCAACAAACUGAACUACCCACCUUUCACUCCAGGUAUUCUUGACAGACUCAUGUAUUCAAAGACCAUUUGUAUGGAUGCUGUGCAGCACUGGGGGAAGCAAUAUGAUGUCCACAGUCUCUAUGGAUACAGCAUGGCAAUAGCCACAGAAAAAGCAAUUGAACGAGUGUUUCCAAAUAAAAGAAGCUUCAUUUUGACCCGUUCAACUUUUGCUGGCUCUGGAAGACAUGCAGCCCAUUGGUUAGGAGACAACACAGCUUUAUGGGAACACAUGGAAUGGUCAAUUACUGGACUGCUGGAAUUUAGCCUGUUUGGAAUACCUUAUGCUGGAGCAGACAUCUGUGGCUUUAUAGGUGAUACCACAGAAGAGCUAUGCACUAGAUGGAUGCAGCUUGGAGCAUUUUAUCCAUUUUCUAGAAAUCAUAAUGCAGAAAAUUAUAUGUCUCAAGAUCCAGCUUAUUUUGGGCAAGAUUCUGUUCUGGUCAAGUCAUCACGACAUUACCUGACCAUCCGCUACACUUUGCUGCCCUUCCUCUACACCUUGUUUUACAAAGCUCAUGUGUAUGGAGAAACAGUGUCCAGGCCAUUCCUUCAUGAGUUCUAUACAGAUGAAAACAGCUGGAUUGAGGAUACUCAAUUCUUGUGGGGCCCUUCCUUGCUUAUCACACCUGUUCUGAAACCGGACACUGAUAGAGUGAGCGCGUAUAUUCCUGAUGCACUGUGGUACGACUACGAAACAGGGGCCAAAAGACCAUGGAGGAAAGAACGAGUUGAAAUGUAUCUCCCAAUAGACAAAAUAGGAUUACAUCUGAGAGGAGGCUACAUUUUCCCCACUCAGCAACCAGCUGUAACCACAACCGCCAGCCGUAACAAUCCCCUUGGUCUCAUCAUUGCACUGGAUGAAAAUAAAACAGCCAGAGGUGACUUCUUUUGGGAUGAUGGAGAAAGCAAAGAUUCUAUAGAAAAUGGAAACUACCUCUUGUAUAAUUUUUCAGUUGCUGCUGAUACAUUAGAUAUUGUUCUUGCACAUUCAUCAUCCUUCACCAGUCCACUAGCAUUUGAGGAAAUUAAAAUUCUUGGAUUUGAAUAUGCUGCUACAACCAUCACGGUGACUGAUCUAAAUAACAAUGUUCUACCAUCUAAUCAUCAGUCAACUCAUGAUCCUUCAAACCAGGUUCUUCAAAUUACAGGACUCAAGCUUCAACUUGGCGAGUCCUACAGAUUAAAAUGGGUUUCAUACUUCCCUAUAAAAGAGAGAUUUGGUUGUUAUCCAGAUGAUGAUGGCGAAACCAUGGAAAAAUGCCAAGCCCGGGGAUGUUUGUGGAAUACGACUGUUGAUGGAAAUUCACCUAGGUGCUAUUAUCCUUCAGAGGAUGAUUCCUACACGGUCAGUUCAAUUUCAUAUACUUCAAUGGGUGUCACAGCUGAUCUCAAAAUGACCCCUGGAAGACAACGCUCAUUACCAUAUCCUAAUCCCAUUCCCAAUCUACGACUGGAGGUGAAAUAUCAUAAAAACGAAAUGCUUCAGUUUAAGAUUUAUGAUGCUGACAAAAAGAGAUAUGAAGUUCCGGUGCCCCUAAAUAUUCCUAGCAGUCCUACCAGCACUUACGAAGAACGGUUGUAUGACGUUGAAAUUAAGGAAAAGCCGUUUGGUAUCCAGAUCCGUCGAAGGAGCACAGGAGUGGUCAUUUGGGAUUCUCGGCUUCCUGGAUUUGCUUUUCAUGACCAAUUCAUUCAGAUAUCAACUCGCCUGCCCUCAGAAUUCCUCUAUGGAUUUGGGGAAGUUGAACAUACUGCAUUUAAGCGAGAUCUGAACUGGCAUACUUGGGGAAUGUUCACCAGAGACCAACCGCCUGGUUAUAAACUUAAUUCCUAUGGCUUUCAUCCCUAUCACAUGGUUAUGGAGAAUGAGGGUAAUGCUCAUGGAGUUCUUCUGCUCAACAGUAAUGGAAUGGAUGUGACAUUCCAGCCAACUCCUGCUCUUACUUACCGCACAUUAGGAGGAAUCUUGGACUUUUAUAUGUUUUUGGGUCCAACCCCUGAAGGGGCAACUAAGCAAUAUCAUGAGUUCAUUGGCCAUCCAGUUAUGCCGCCUUACUGGGCUAUGGGAUUCCAACUAUGUCGUUACGGAUACCGAAACACCUCUGAGAUUUCAACUGUCUACGAAGAGAUGGUGAAAGCCCAGAUCCCUUAUGAUGUACAGUACACAGACAUUGACUACAUGGAACGGCAACUUGAUUUUACCCUCAAUAGACCCAGAUUUCAAGAUCUUCCACAGUUUGUUGACAGAAUAAGAAGUGAAGGAAUGAAGUACAUUAUUAUUCUGGAUCCUGCAAUUUCUGGAAAUGAGACAAAUCCCUAUCCUGCAUAUACCAAAGGGGUUCAACAAGAUGUCUUUGUCAAAUGGCCAAAUACUGAUGAAAUUUGUUGGGCAAAGGUUUGGCCUGACCUUCCUAAUGUCACUAUAGAUGAAAAUUUGACUGAAGAUGAAGCUGUAAAUGCCUCCCGAGCUCAUGUGGCCUUUCCAGACUUUUUCCGGAAAAGUACAUCGGAUUGGUGGACAAAUGAAAUUGUAGAUUUUUACAAUAAUGUGAUGAAGUUUGAUGGCUUGUGGAUUGAUAUGAAUGAGCCAUCUAGCUUUGUCAAUGGAACAACUACUAACAUAUGCCGAAAUGACUCACUGAAUUUUCCACCUUAUUUUCCAGCACUGACAAAAAGAGGAGAGGGAUUGCAUUUCAGAACACUGUGCAUGGAAACUGAACAGAUUCUGAGUGAUGGGACUUCAGUACUACAUUAUGAUGUCCACAACUUGUAUGGAUGGUCCCAGGUGAAACCAACUUAUGAUGCCUUACAAAAAACAACAGGCAAAAGAGGAAUUGUUAUCUCUCGUUCCACAUACCCUACUGGUGGACGAUGGGGAGGACACUGGCUUGGUGACAACUAUGCAAACUGGGACAAUUUGGACAAAUCCAUCAUUGGUAUGAUGGAGUUCAGCCUCUUUGGGAUCUCAUAUACUGGUGCAGACAUCUGUGGCUUCUUCAACAAUUCCGAAUAUGAGUUGUGUACUCGAUGGAUGCAACUUGGAUCAUUUUAUCCAUUUUCUAGAAAUCAUAACAUCGCAAAGACUAUAAGACAAGAUCCUGUUGCUUGGAAUGAAACUUUUGCAAACAUGUCUAGGGAUGUUCUUAAUAUCAGAUACACUCUUCUGCCUCAUUUCUACACACUAAUGCACGAGAUCCAUGCUAAUGGUGGCACAGUAAUCCGUCCUCUUCUACAUGAGUUCUUUGAUGAUAAGGAAACCUGGUACAUCUUCAAACAAUUUCUUUGGGGCUCAGGCUUUAUGGUCAGCCCUGUUAUGGAACCGGGUGUCACCUCUGUAAGGGCGUAUGUGCCUGAUGCCCGCUGGUUUGAUUUCCACACGGGGCUUGAUAUUGGAGUUAGGAAGACAUAUCACAACUUUGAUGCUCCUUUAGAUAAAAUCAACCUCCACGUCCGGGGUGGUCACAUCCUUCCCUGUCAGGAGCCUGCCCAGAAUACCUUUCACAGUCGAAAAAAUUUCAUGGGACUCAUUGUUGCUGCGGAUGAAAACCAAAUGGCACAAGGUUCAUUGUUCUGGGAUGAUGGAGAUAGCAUUGAUACUUAUGAAAAAGGCGAAUACCUCUUAGUACAGUUUAAAUUAAAUCAGACUACUCUGACAAGUACUGUCACACAUAAUGGGUAUUCAAACCCUCAAGAACUGAGGCUUGGUUAUAUCAAAGUGUGGGGGAAAAGCCAGACUGCAGUUUCAAGUGUUGAACUCACAUACAAUGGCCAGACUCAAAGCGUCGCCUAUAACACCAGUUCAAACAAUGAGAUAUUAGAAAUUCACCUUAGAGACAAACUUGUCCUUUUGGAGAACUACAUAGAAAUCUCUUGGAAGACAUGA